CGCCCGCUCUCGGCCGUUUCGGCAGCGUGCCUUUGUUUCCCUGAGAUCGAACGAGAAAAUGGUCGCUUCGAUUCGUUCGCAAUCACCGCCCGUUGAAUUUCCCCGUCGGCUUGACGCUCGUACAGGUUAGGUGACGGAUCGGGUGACAGUAGCGUGUGAAGUUAGGCGGAUGUUUACCGGCGGGAAAUGCAAAUCUGUUUACAGCAAUUGAUUUUUUUUAACGACACGUGGAAAGGAUGGCCGUCGAUUAUUCCAGCAAUUUAUUGAAAAACGUUCACGAGAAUUUAGCCUCGCCGGACAGUGGCGAGACGUUUUUGGUGCGAGGGCAUUACGAGUACUGGCACUACGGUUGCGACGGUUUCGAUGACAGGGGCUGGGGGUGCGGGUACAGGACGCUGCAGACCAUCUGUUCGUGGAUCAUAAAUAACGACAACUUGGAAAAACUUGUUCCAAGCAUUAAUGAAAUACAAGAGACCCUCGUCGCAACGGGAGAUAAAGACGGAACGUUUGUCGGGUCGAGAGAAUGGAUAGGAAGUUUCGAAGUGUCCAUUGUUGUGAAUCAACUUUACGAUGUUCUUAGCAAAAUAAUUCACGUCCCGAGCGGAAAGGGACUGGUCGACCAAGUGGAUAACAUUAAAAGACACUUGCUGUAUUGCGGCAGUCCGAUUAUGAUGGGUGGAGACAGGGACUGUUCUAGCAAAUGUAUAGUAGGAUUACACGUCGGGAACGAAAAUGUAUAUCUGUUGAUCGUAGAUCCGCACUUGAUUGGAAAAGCGAAAAGUGCGGAACGUUUAAUGAAAGAUCAAUGGGUGAAGUGGCAAAAUUUGGAUGAUUUCGUCGGCAGCUCGUUUUACAAUCUGUGUUUACCACUGCUCAAGUAUCGCGGAGCGGUCGUCAAAUAAGAUUAAAUAUAUUAUAAUAUUUGUACGAAAUAAUAGUGUAACAUUUUCGCGGGAUAAAUAUUAAAAGUUAAAUGCGAACCCGAA